AUGGACUCGGAGAAGAGUAGUAGGAUGCAGCAGCCACACGCAGAUUCAGAAAUGGAUGCAGCAGCUCCGCGCCUGACGAGGUUCGAGAAGAAGGGUUGGGAUGUCGCAGCGGUGCGGCCUGCGGUGGUGCUCGUCGCGACGAUGCUAGCUGUGUUGCUGCUCGUCACACUCGUUUCUCGACCCCGUUGGACCGCGUCGCAAGUUUGCGUCCCGGGACUUACAAUGAGAUCUGUACGAGCAGGUACUGAUAAUGCUCUGUUGCUUGUCUAUGGCAAAGGUGCAGGAGAAGCUUCAUUUGUAACCGUCGCUGAGCCGAACGAUAAACUUCUCGGCGGAUUACUUUCCCACGAUUUCGACGAGCAAUCGUGUCUGAGCCGGUACCAGUCCAUCCUCUACCGCAAUCCGUCUCACCACAUACUCUCUUCGUACCUCAUCUCCAAGCUUAGGAAAUACGAAGCACUCCACAAAAAAUGCGGUCCGGGAACUCCGCUUUUCCGAAAAUCCCUCGAGCAGCUAAAACACAACCACAGCGCCGAGCUCGAGUGCAACUACGCAUUGUGGACCCCCAACGGAGGGUUAGGGAAUAGAAUGCUAAGCAUUGCUUCCGUAUUUCUCUACGCGCUCCUGAACAACAAAGUGUUGUUGAUCCACGAAACCGACGACUUAGUCGAUAUCUUCUGCGAGCCGUUCCCCGGAACCUCCUGGGUUAUACCUAAAGAUUUCCCUAUCAAAGACUUGCAAAAUUUUCACCGCGGUAACCAACAAAGCUACGGCGAGAUGCUAGGGAAACACUCGAUCAGCAACAAUGCCACGAUUCCGAUGGAGUCGUUACCGCCGUUUGUUUACGCUCAUCUGCGAUACGAUUAUACGCAUUUAGAUAGACUCUUCUACUGCAGCGAUGAUCAGUCAGUGCUCAGAAAGGUGAACUGGGUGCUUAUUCGAACCGACAACUACUUUGUUCCUGCUCUGUUCAUGAUUCCAGAGUACGAAGAUGAACUCCGCCGGAUGUUUCCGAACGGAGAGACCGUUUUCCACCACCUGGGACGGUACCUUUUCCACCCGAGCAAUACGGUGUGGGGAAUGAUCAUCAGAUAUCACGAAUCAUAUCUAGCCAAGGCCAAGGAGAGAGUGGGGGUUCAAAUUCGAAUCUUUUCGUGGGCGCCGAUUCCGUCAGACGGUCUCUUUGAUCAGAUCAUCAGAUGUGCGCAGGACAAAAACAUACUACCCGCGAUCAAUCCGAAAGAAACCGAGUCUCCGAGUCUCGAAGAACCAACAGAAUCAAAGGCAAUUCUCGUGGCCUCGCUGCAUUACGAGUACUACGAGAAGAUGAAGAAGAUGUACUACGAGCACUCGACCGUGACGGGGGAGACGGUCGGCGUUUACCAACCGACGCACGAAGGUCAGCAGCAAACAGAGAAGCAGUCGCACAACCAAAAGGCGCUCGCAGAGAUAUGGCUGCUGAGCUUCUCAGAUGUGCUGAUCACGACCGCGGCGUCGACGUUCGGAUACGUAAGCAGCGAUCUUGCUGGCCUGAAGCCGUGGGUUUUAUCGGCGCCUGAGAAUCGGAAGGCCCCCGACAUCGCUUGCCGUCGGGCCUUCACGCUCGAACCCUGCUUCCACUCCCCGCCAAACUUCGACUGCCGCGCGAAGAGGAAUGCUGACACCGGAAACUUGGUCCGGCAUGUGACGCAUUGUGUUGAUUGGAAGAAAGGAGUCACUUUGAUUGAAUAG